AUGACUUCCGAUAGCUCAGGUUCCGAAGAGGACUUCAACAUUGAUUCCGACACCGGCUUGGCCUUGCACAACAACUUUUCUUCGAAAACUAAGUUGCCUGAAGAUGACGUUUAUCACAAAUCAAAUAACAAAGCAGAAAACACAAAGACCCGAUUGAAAGCGGAUAACGCAAAGUCUAUCAAGAAGAAAAUCAAAGCUGCUGGGACUCUCGGUUUCCUUAUAUGUAUUGACAAUCUGGACAUGAUGGAGCGGGUACACACUAGGCGAUUGGAUGCAACUAGCAAAAUUUUCCAUGGUACUUGGGGUUAUGUUCAUUAUCUGAAACCCGAUUUACUCACUUUUGUAAAUUCAGAAGAAUGUACAGUGCCAGCUUUUCAGGGUUUUGUCAAAUCCGAUUGUGAAAAGCCUGUAAACUCAGGAGAUUUACUUCCUACACAAGAUGAACAAAUUCGAUGGACUCUCACUCUGAAGAAUCAAAUUGCUCAGGUCCUCCUACGAUAUAUGAAGAGUCCCAAGAAGUUCAAGAAACUGUCAAUAUUGAACCUUAGCGCCAUUGACCAGAUCAAGCCCGAAAUACCUGAUAUCGACAUGCUCAAACUGAUGGAUUCAUCAGACAACGGUUCUGAAGGCAUUGCUUCCCUUUAUGACGAGAUCAGUAAACAGACCGGCCUCUCCCCUGAGGAUUUUUCGAAUGGAUUGAACAGAUACAUGAGGCCACCAUUGCAAGCUGCAUAUUUUCACAAUCUCGUUGAUAUGACUGUUGAGCUCUUUGAGGAAGCCGUUGAUAAAGUAUAUUUAGCUUACUUUUCGGGACGAGCCACACGUCUGGCGCGCCAAAAUGGAGAUAGCAAGAAACUCCAGCUGGGACCCGGAACAGACAUUCACAGAUUAAAAGAGACAUACUCUCUUACAGUGGGUCUGCUUUCACAUUUGGUUAAUACAAUGAAGGGUAGAGCAGGUCUGAACAAUGUGCGACAAUCCCGUCAAAAUAAAAUCACACCAGCUUCCAUGAUUUGA